AUGAAAUUUGAAAUGGAUAAGAAAUGGAUCAUUACGUGCAAACAAAGAAAUGAAAAUGACGAUGAUGAUGAUGAUGAUGAUGAUGAUGAUGAUGAUGAUGAUGAUGAUGAUGAUGAUGAUGAUGAUGAUGAUGAUGAUGAUGAUGAUGAUGAUGAUGAUGAUGAUGAUGAUGAUGAUGAUGAUGAUGAUGGUGAUGAUGAUGAUGAUGAUGGUUAUGAUGAUAAUAAUGAUGAUGUAAAACUUAAGCAAAAAGAGAUGAAUUGA